AUGGUAACCGACUCCAGCGACAUCAGCCGUGGAUGGCAGACGAUCCCAUCCAACAGCGAUACAAACCACACCACGACAAACGAACAAUCGUCGCCACCAGCAUACUCCCACACAGCAGCCAACUACUUCGCAACUCCCACUUACGAUGCAGAGACCAGCCCGGUGCUUACCGCAGCUGCAUCCAGAAGAAUGGAGUGUUCGGACUCGAGAUAUGCGUUCCCUUCAUCUUUGCCAUCGUAUAUUGAGAUGCAAGAUCUAGGUGUUGGAGCUGGUGCUAGUGCAUGUGCAGGCACUCCUGCAUCGAGAGUCCCGAGCGUUCUUCUUGGACCAGCUACACAGCCUAAGAAACAACAUGGCGCGUUCUGCAGAACUGUGUGGACAGUACUGGAGAUUGUGGGGUUUGCUGCUUUGGCUGCUGCUGCUCUCGGCGCGCUUUACGGUAUCUGGAGAUUAAUCUAUUGGCUUGCCUAUAAGAUAUGA